UGUGCUGCGCCCUCAAACAACAGCUUUCAGAUCAGCAAUUCUUUAGUCAAAAAAUUGAUCAAAAUCCCAUCUUUUUUAAUCCAAAAUUGCUGUAUGCAUCAGAUCAUUAGCAUCGUAAAUCCAAUUUCAAUAACUAAAUUGAAAAAAGUGGGCAGAAAGAGAGAUAAAGAUCGCAACUUUCCCUUUUUUCUGCAGUAACUCUUUUAUUUUUUUUUCUCCGUGUACAAAUUUGAUUCCUUGAGUACAGAUAGACAAAAAAUAAUGGAUCAUUAGCUGUAGCUCUCAGACGAGAAAAGAAGAGAGAGUUGGUGUAAUAACAAAAGAAAUCAAGAUUUUACUUUCUUUCUUUUCUUGCUGGAUUGAUCCAUGUUUCAAGCUGGUACUGUCUGAUUCUCAAAAAUCUCAAUUCUUGAAAUUCAUUAAAGAUUUAGGAGUGAGAAACAGAGAAAUGGGUAAUAGUGAUUUGUUGGAGAUUGGAAUUAAAUUGAGAAAAGGAGUGAUCUUUACAAUCAAAGGGGUUUUUAGAUCAGUUUGCAAUCAUCCAUUCCUUGUGGGUAUGCUCUGUUUCUUGAUAUUAUUACACCGAUCAUUCCCUUUCGUCUUUUCGUUGUUGUUGUCCACAUCCCCUAUCCUAGUAUGCACCGCUGUGUUACUCGGUGUGCUUUUAAGUUACGGGCAGCCGAACAUACCCGAAAUCGAGAUCGAAGAGAAGAAGACAUUUGAGUCUGUUUCGAUAAAGACUGGUGUGUCUUUAGAUACUGCUGGUGCUGUUGUCGAAAAAAACGAGAGCUAUUUUGUGGAGAGAUUCAGUGGUGUGGCAGAUCAGUCAGCUGAGCAUCCUGAUUUUUCAGCUCCGUUGAUCGAGGAGAGAUCGAGGGAAAUUGAAUCGAAUGAGGGUGAGAUUUGGGAAGAACACAGAGGUUUGGAGGGUUUGAGGUAUAAGCAGAAGAUGGAUGAUGAGUUUCUUGAUCGAUCGGAUGAUGAGAAAUCGGAAGCGGAUUCUUUCGAUUCCGAGAUGGUGAAUGUUGAUUCCCUUGAUUCUCCUCCUCGUUCUCCUUGGACACGAGUUGAAGAGAGAGAAUAUGCAGAGAGAGAAAAAGAAGAGAGGGAAUACGCAGCGAGAGAAAAAGAAGAGAGAGAAAAAGAAGAGGAAGAUGGAGAAGAUGAAGAAGUGGAAGAAGAAGAAGAAGAUGAUGAUUCGGAUUCUGGUUCGAGUAGUAGAGCCGAAAGUUCGUCACCCGAUGCAUCAAUGGCUGAUAUAAUGCCGAUGCUCGACGAACUCCAUCCACUGUUAGAUGAAGAGCCACCUCAGCCAGUUCAUAUCUCCCGUGGCGGCUCCGUGUCGGCCUCGGAAACGUCUCUAAAGUCCUCCUCCACCACCACCCACGAAUCGGACAACGAGACCGAAACUCACGAGGACUUGGAAGUUGCAGAUGAUGAAAACGAAGAUGAAAACGAAGAUAAAGAAGAGCAGACAAAAUCCGCCAUUACGUGGACCGAGGAGGACCAAAAGAAUCUAAUGGAUUUAGGAAGUUCCGAAAUCGAAAGGAACCAACGUUUGGAGAAUCUAAUUUUAAGGAGAAGAUUGAGGAAAAACACGGCCUCCCUUCUUGCAGAGAGGAACUUGAUCGACUUCGAAAGCUCCGAUCUUCCUUUCAACAUCGCCCCUAUUUCCACAAGAAGACAAAACCCGUUCGAGAAUAUUCCUCAAGAUUCAUACUACGAUGUAGGUUUGCCACCUAUCCCCGGCUCGGCUCCUUCUAUUUUAUUACAGAGGCGAAACCCUUUCGAUAUUCCUUACGACUCGAGCGAAGAGAAGCCGAAUCUUGUAGGGGAAGGAUUUCAGGAGGAGUUUGUGUCUCAAUCGAGGGAAGCGGCCUUUUUCCGAAGGCACGAGAGUUUUAACGUACGGCCUUCUUCGAUUUUCGCGCCGAGCAGAAACUUGAGGCCUUACUUUGUGCCUGUUUCGGAAGAUGAAUCUUCGAGCUAUUCUUUGUUUCAGCGGCAAUCGAGCGAACUCAGUGAGUCGAAGGUGAGUUCUGUUCCGGAAACCGAGUCGGUUAGUUCGGUGGCGGAUUUGGAAGAGAGGAAGCUCUCGGAAGAAGAUAGUGUUAUCCUGGAAGUGGACCCGAUCCCGUGGACGAAAGAAGAAAUUGAGGCGGGCCCGCCACUAGAUCAAGAAAAUGAAGAAGAAGAAGAAAUUGUUGAAGAAGAAGAAGAAGUUGUUGAAGAAGAAGAAGAAGAAGUUGUUGAAGAAGAAGAAGUAAAUCAAGAACCGGAAACUAUCUCUUCCAAAAUCGAGUGUGUUUCUGAGCAUGUUGGGCAUGGAAGUCAAUCUUCUGAUGACGAAGAAGAAGAUUCGAAAAGUAGUAAUUAUUCGAGGUCUUCUUCGCUUUCGGAAGUGAGCGAAAGGGUUUUCAUUGAUCCAGAAAUUUCUGCAGAAAAUAACGAUUUUCCAGUCGAGAAUACGUUGCUGGUUGAUGAAGUACAACCGAGGGAACCUGUUUACGAUUCGAGCCCUCGAAGAGGAGUGAGUAGAAACAUCUCGUCAUCUUCGAUUUCUUCUGAUGUGAUUCCAGUACAUGCUGUAAUGUACAAUGAUGGUGUGGACACUGAAAAUGCGGGCCCGGAUAAAAAUAUCGUGGCCUCGUUAGAAUCUUUGGAAGAGCGUGUAGUUAAGCCGAUUGCUGAGCAUCUUAGUGAAGUGCAGGAAUCAAGUAACAAAGCCGAGUCACCGAAAUCGAACAUUCCUGACUCGGUCAACGAGCUCGAUAGUGACACCUCAUUAAAAGUUAACUCUCGAUCCAUCGAAACCAAUGCUAGUACCGAGAUAACAACUAGUUCUCAUGUUGUUGAUGUUCAGACAACAGUUGAAGAGGCGGUUGAGUUUGAAGAAAUCGACGAAGAAGAACUCUUGUCUGAAUUAGAUAAUGUCGGCGACUUUAGUAUUAUUAGAGCUGUUGAGGCAAACUCAGUUAACUCGAGGGAGAAUAAGGAAGAAGAAACAGAUUAUAUUUCAGAGCCACAAAUAUCUGAAACAAGAGCGGAACUUAUUGAUGUGUCGAGAAAGGAGUUGAACGAGAGGGAACUCGAGCGAGAAUAUUCCCCCGAUCGAGAAUAUUCUUCUGAAGACAAGACACUAUCCGAGGAAGAAAACAAAGUCCAGCUUAUUAUACCUCGCACUUAUGUACCUGAACCGGAAGUGGGGUCCACAGAGGACGUUGAUUCUGUUUCGGAGAAAGCUGAGUUGGUGACAUCAGCGGAAGCUGCAGUGGCCGUGGGUGAUGAUGUCAUCCAUCGAGGUCAAGUCGUAGAAUGCAAAGUCCGUCUUAUUACUCCCACUGUUGUAAAUCACAGUUAUGAAGAAGAAAAAAUUUCCGAGGUACCUGAACUGAAAGUGGGGUCCGCAGAAGCCGUUGAUUCUGUUUCCGAGAAAAAUGAAGCAAUGACAUCAGCGGAAGCUGCAUCCGUGGUGGGUGAUGGUGUCAUUUAUCGAGGUCAAGUUGAAGAAAACGAAGCCCAGCUUAUUACUCCCGCUGUUGUAAAUCACAGUUCUGAAGAAGAUAAAAUUUCCGAGGUAUCUGAACUGAAAGUGGGGUCCACGGAAGCCGUUGAUUCUGUUUCCGACAAAAAUGAAGCGAUGUCAUCAGCGGAAGCUGCAGCCUUGGUGGGUGAUGAUGUCAUCUAUCGAGGUCAAGUUGAAGAAAACGAAGCCCAACUUAUUACUCCUACUGUUGUAAAUCACAGUUACGAAAAAGAUAAAAUUUCCGAGGUACCUGAACUGAAAGUGGGAUCCACAGAGGACAUUGAUUCUGUCUCCGAGAAAGCUGAGUUGGUGACAUCAGCAGAAACUGUAGUUGUGGUGGGUGAUGAUGUCAUCCAUCGAGGUCAAGUUGGUGACACCAGCGACAAGACUGUUCUUUUGGAGCCGCCCCGAGCCGAGCUCGUAGUUCGGGAAACCGUAAUUGAGGAAUCUGAUGAUGGACUGGCGCCGAAUACAAAAUCGAGUGUAGUGGGCCCCACUCAUGAGAAAUCGAUUCUUGAAUUCAGACAAGCCGAAGAAGUUGCUACGAUGGAUUAUAAGCAACCAAACGAAAGCAGUACAGGCGAAGUUCAUCACACGACACAUGUGGUUGUGGGACCCAUUCCUUCGGAGGAUACUAAUUUUCCUCCAAAGCAAGUAUUAGACGCAGAAGCACCGGAAAAACUGGAGCCAAUUUCAGAAGAUGCUUCGGUACAAGUGAAAACAGAUGAAAAAGGGACAGACAAAGAAAUCGAAGCACCUAAUCAAGCUUCAUCCGAUAAAGGAAAAAAAGGUAAAGCUUCUAAAAGCUCGAGCUCGAGUUCAAGCUCUAGCUCCGAAUCGAGUUCGAGCGAUUCCGAUAAGGAAUGAGAAUGCAAGGCUUGGACAAUUUUGCGUUCUCCUCGAUAGCAAGAGGGGUUUUAUCUGUUUAUUUUUUAUUUUUUUCGUAAUUUAUCCAGAAAUGUGGUUCGUUUGUUGAAGAACGAGUUAUUGAGUCGAUUUUUUGAGGUUUGUUGAUGAGGUUUCGGAGUUUUUUUAGUAUUUAUUGUGAGAGCAGUUUUGAGCUACCUUGUGUUGUAUUGAGGUUUUCCUGUAAAAUUUUGUGCAGACAUCUUUUAAGAUUGUUGAUUAGUUCCUUUCAUCAGAGGGGAAACAGUUUGUUCUGUUGUCAGUUUUAUACAUUUUAUGAUGUUCU